GGGCGCUGCAGUUCCAUGCAACUCGUCGACAACCACAAGGAAGAAGACGCAUGGGAAAGUGACAGAUUUUUUUGUGUGUUUGUGUGAGCUACCUUCUGUGUGAAACACUACAGUGUGCAAACAUAGAAUUCAUAUUUACGCAGCUGAAAUAGGCCAGCGAUUUAAUCGGCACCAGAACUGAAAACUGAAUCUCUUACCGCCCCAAGUCACAUCUCAGCAUGGCAGAAAACACAGAGCAAAACGACACAAAGCACGACAACGCGUCUUCGCCCGGAAUGACAGACCAAGAGAAAGAAAUGGCCGCCUGCGCGUAUGAAUCCUUCUUGGCCGGUAAGUACAACGAGUCUCUCAGGCACCUGGAAGCCCUGCAGGAGCUGAACAAGGAGGACUACAAGAUCGCUUUGAAUAAAGCCGUUGUGGAGUUUUACAAGAGCGGUCAGACUACCACCGGAACUCUGAAGCAAAGCCUCAUGGCCAUGAAGAACCAGGUUCACACAGCAACGGAGGACGUGGAUGGGCUGGAUGACGUCGAGAACAGCUUGUUGUACUACAAUCAAGCCAUCAUCCACUAUCAUAUGCGGCAAUACUCUGAAGCCAUUUCCAUCGGAGAGAGACUUUAUCAGUUCCUGGAACCAUUUGAAGAAAAGUUCUCCCAGGCUGUGUGUUUUCUGCUGGUGGAUUUGUACCUGCUCACCUUCCAGCCUGAGAAGGCCCUCCACCUGUUGGCGGUGCUGGACAAACUGUCUGUGCAAGGAAGCAACAAGAACGGCAAAGGAGAGAACAACAAAAACGGGGGGAGCCAGAAGGCCGACUUCUCAGCAAUGAUCGAGGCAGCUAAAUCCAAGAUGCAUCAGUAUAAAGUCAGAGCCUACAUUCAGAUGAAAUCCUCCAAGGCGUGUAAAAGGGAGAUCAAGUCCGUGAUGAACACGGCAGGAAACUCUGCGCCUUCGCUAUUCCUCAAGAGUAACUUUGAAUAUCUGCGAGGAAACUACCGGAAAGCAGUGAAGCUGCUCAACAGCUCCAACAUAGCAGAACACCCUGGACCCAUCAAGACAGGCGAGUGUAUGCGGUGUAUGUUCUGGAACAAUCUCGGCUGCAUCCACUUUGCAAUGGGGAAACAUAACUUCGGCAUUUUCUACUUCAAGAAGGCUUUACAAGAGAACGACCACACUUGCGCACAGCUUGGAGACGGCGGUAACGGGCAAGCCAAGAAAUUCACAGGUAUCCCCAUGUGUGCUCUCCUGGCCAACAAACGCUAUGAGCUUCUCUACAACUGUGGCAUCCAGCUGCUGCACAUCGGCAGACCUUUGGCCGCCUUCGAGUGUCUGAUUGAGGCUGUGCAGGUUUACCAUUCCAACCCUCGGCUGUGGCUGCGGCUUGCGGAGUGUUGCAUCUCUGCCAAUAAAGGGGGUUCGGAACAGGAAAACAAAGGUUUGCCUUGUAAAAAAGGAAUCGUUCAGUCAAUUGUGGGACAGGGCUACCAUCGCAAGAUUGUUUUGGCUUCCCAGUCCAUGCAGAACACAAUUUACAGUGAGGGCCAAUCAGCAGCCAUCCCAGUAGCCAGUAUGGAGUUUGCAGCCAUCUGCUUAAGGAACGCUCUCCUGCUGUUGCCUGAACACCAACAGCAGGAUGCAAAGACGGAGAACAGCUCCAAGAGCUCCAGUCAGUCAGGAAGCACAGAGAGCGGCAGCGAGAACAGCGAUGCUUGCAGCGGUAAAGGUCAGGAAGCCGACAAGCUACUCUCUGCAGCGCCAUCAUCUCCUCUCAGAAAACAGGAAGUGGAAAACCUCAGGUGCUCCAUCUUGGCGUGCAGUGCCUACGUUGCAUUAGCACUGGGCGAUAACCUGAUGGCUCUGAACCACGCUGAGAAACUGCUCCAUCAAUCAAAGCUGUCGGGAUCCCUCAAGUUCCUCGGUCACCUCUACGCUGCUGAGGCGCUGAUGUCACUUGACAGGAUCUCCGACGCGAUCGCUCACCUCAACCCAGAGAAUGUCAACGACGUGUCGAUGGGCACGCAGAGCAGCGAGCAAGACCCAGGAUCUGAUAAAGGAGAUGAGCCAGCUGAAUCCUCCGGGAAGCAGACGCCUCUGUGUUAUCCCAGCAGCGUGGCGUCAGCUCGGGCCAUGAUGCUCUUCAACCUGGGCAGCGCGUACUGCUUGCGCAGCGAAUAUGACAAAGCUCGCAAGUGCCUUCAUCAGGCUGCCUCUAUGGUGAACACCAAGGAGAUCCCACCUGAAGCCAUCCUGUUGGGAGUCUACCUGGAGUUGCAGAACGGGAACACGCAGUUGGCCUUGCAGAUCAUCAAACGGAACCAACUGCUGCCCACGGCCACCCAGAGGUUGUCCCCAGACUCCCGCAAAGCCAUCCAGCUGCCCUCGUCCUUCACACAAGUUCAGCCAUCCGGGCGUGUGUUAAAUGCAAAUCUGGCGGCCGACUGAUGUGAUACGCGAUCAUGGACUGAGGCUUCUCGACCUUUUAAAUUCAUUUUGACCACAGGAUCUGUGUGUAUGAAUUGAAUUGCAAAAAUACAUUUUUAUUUACUUUGA